AUGCCUAUGAAGGGAAGGUUUCCGAUCAGGAGGACGCUGGAGUACCUCCAGAAAGGCGACCUCAUCUUUAAAAACAGAGUAAAGAUCAUGACCGUGAAUUACAACACACAUGGAGAACUGAGCGACGGAGCAAGAAAGUUUGUGUUCUUCAAUAUUCCUCAGAUUCAGUAUAAAAAUCCAUGGGUCCAAAUAAUGAUGUUCAAAAAUAUGACACCAGCUCCGUUCUUAAAGUUCUACCUGGAUGACGGGGAACAAGUACUUGUAGAUGUGGAGGGGAAGGACCACAUACAAAUUACACAGCAUAUUAAGAAGAUUCUGGGGAAAUCAGAAGAGUUAUUACAGGCUGAGGCAGAAGCAAAGAAGGAGGCCUCUAAUCCUGCCAAUUUUGGGCCAAAGAAGUACUGUCUCAGAGAGUGUAUCUGUGAGGUGGAGGGCCAGGUGCCGUGUCCUGGCACCACGCCGUUGCCCAAGGAGAUGACGGGUAAAUAUCAGGCCCAGAUGGCAGCAUCACAGGAAUGAACGCUGACCAGUGACCAAGCAAGCAGACUGUAGAUUCAAAGGACAAUAUGGCACUGGUUUUGAGCACAUAUACAAGGACUGGUAUGAUGCACAUUUCCUAGUUAGUAUGUGCAGCUAAAAGGGUCCUAUCAUGUUGUGUGCAUUGAUGGUUAAGGCCACUGUCUGGACUGGGAUGUUUUGCUUUGUCCUUAAGCUGAAAUAAUGUACAAUACAAUAUGUGCAGCCAAUACUUUGCUGUGAAUUUGGACAACUUGUUAUAUUUGUACAUAGUUUCCUUUUAUAAUAUAUAAAUGAUCCACAACAUACAAAUGUUAUAUGUAUCUACAGUGUCAUUAUACUGCACUGAAUGCUACAAAUAAAAAUGAUUUGCCAGUGUGGACAUAAUUAACCUGUUGAUGUCUCAUGUGAACAUAAGGAAAAUAUAAACUCUAACAUGUGACGAGAGAAAUGAUAAAGUUCAUUGAAAGCUAGUGCAGAAUGUGUGAACACAUGCACUCUGGAUCCCUGCAAUCAAGAAGAAAUAAAAACUAUGACAACCACAGUUUACAGUAGACAACAUUUUUAUUGGUGCUGCUGAGAUGGAAUUUUCUAAAGUUAAUAAAUUGAUCUCUGUGUUUCUAAAAUGCUUCAAUUUUGCAAUUAUUAUUUUAGUGAACUUUAAUUCCGAAGCUAAAAUCAACUAAUACAUUAAGAAGCUCCUCAGGUUGUUCACCCUGACAGACAUGAAGACUGUUGCAUGUUUGCUUAAAAUCUAUUGUGAAUUUCACACUGUAUGGCUAACAGACUGCUGUUUUAUUAUGAAGAAAAAUGUAGACUUUCUGGUAGACAGGAGAGCACAAUGACAAAUUAAUACAAGGACAAACUUAGCAGCACUGUGAGUGAUAAUACUUGCUGGCAUUCAUGUAGUGUUAGUGUAUAUAUUCCAGAUU